CAAGAGUGCCUGGGCACACUCUGCCCUUAAAAGAUACAAAAAACAAAAUUACCCUAAGGCUACCUGUGCCGCGUCGAACGUACUUUUUUGUCGUCGCUAUCGCAACUAAAAUGCAACGUCCUGCGAUUAUCUGUGCUGUUUUCUAUAUUUUACUGAAAUGUACGCUCUGUUACAAGGAAAUACCCGGAUUGAGUGGCAAGAUGUUCCCGAAGACUGCCACUUUCCACUUUCCAGAGUACGCCUACAAGGAAACUAGUAAGAAUGAAAUAACCUACCACGAACAGGAGGUGGCCUGCGAGCAGCACACGCAGUGCGUAAAUCUCAACGUGGACGUGUCCAAGAUAAACUGCAUAAGGCGCUGCAUAUCGCCAUCCUGCUACCAGGAUAUAUAUGCCUUCAACGAGCUGGAGGAGGGUGAAAUCGAUGUGAGACUGAACUCCUUCAAAGGGUGUGUCAUCCAGAGAAUGUAGCAAAAGUCCCCGCUCCUGCACCAUCUAUAUCUCACGGAUUACCUGCAGGAGAUGCAAUGGAAGAUCACCGAAUACCUUCGCCAGUGGAUUCGCCUUGCCUAACCCUCUAGCCAUUGCCUUAAGUACUCAGAACGAGUAGUCAAAGGAAUAACAGAUAACGGACUGCCAUAUGAAUACCAUUAAUAUGAAUUAAUAAACUAUUUUGUCAUGUCAAUAU